CUCCUCUUCCUUUCGAACCGGGGGAGCUUCCGAAGGGAAAGCAAAAUGCUCCUUUCUUAUCUGCGGGGGGAGGCCGGCUCGGUGGGCAGGGUUUGUGCCAAGGCUGCUGCUUUAUAAGCAGCCGGCAGCGGAGGCAAAACCGAGCUCGGAAAGCACCAACCGGGCUCCCCCCCCAUCCCUAAAUCCCUUCCAUCUCCUCCCGGCACCUUCUCCAUCCUGUCACCAUGUCCCCGCUCCUGGGUUUGCUGCUGCUGCUGCUGGGCUUGAGCUUGGGGGGUGCCCUUCGGCCGGGCCUCGAACCCCCCCACGCCGAACCCACGGAGGACGGGGCCGCCCUCUUCGCCAGCGCCCACAACACCACCGCGGAGCUCGUUUUCUUCGAGAGCGUCUCGGCCAGCUGGGAUUACAACACCAACCUGACGGACCAAAACGCUGCUCUGCAGAUCCAGGCAUCCCUCGAGGAGCAGAAUUUCACGGAGCUGUGGGGAAGGAAAGCCAAGGAGCUCUUUGGGAACAUCUGGAGCAACUUCAGUGACCCCCAGCUGAGGAAAAUCAUCGGCUCCAUCCAGACCCUGGGACCCUCUAACCUGCCCCUGGAGAAGAGAGAGAGGUACAACACCAUCCUGAGUGACAUGGACAAAAUCUACUCCACAGCCAAGGUGUGCCUGCCCAAUGGGACCUGCUGGGACCUGGAGCCAGACAUCUCAGAUAUCAUGGCCACCUCCAGGAGCUACAAGAAGCUGCUCUAUGCCUGGGAAGGGUGGCACAACUCUGCGGGCAACCCCCUGCGCCCCAAAUACGAGGAGUUUGUGAAGCUGAGCAACGAAGCCUAUAAGCUGGAUGAAUUCGAGGACACAGGCAGCUACUGGAGGUCCUGGUAUGACUCGGCCACCUUCGAGGAGGACCUGGAGAGCCUCUACAACCAGCUGGAGCCCCUCUACCUCAACCUCCACGCCUUUGUCCGGAGGAAGCUCUACGACCGCUAUGGUCCCAAAUACAUCAACCUCAAGGGUCCCAUCCCUGCUCACCUCCUGGGCAACAUGUGGGCUCAGCAAUGGAACAACAUCUAUGACCUGCUGGUCCCCUACCCCGAGAAGCCCAACCUUGAUGUGACCAGCACCAUGGUGCAGCAGGGCUGGAAUGCCACCUACAUGUUCCGGGUCUCAGAGGAAUUCUUCACCUCCCUGGGGCUGCUGGAGAUGCCUCCCGAAUUCUGGGAGAAAUCCAUGCUGGAGAAGCCAACGGAUGGGAGGGAGGUUGUGUGUCACGCCUCAGCCUGGGACUUCUACAACCGCAAGGACUUCAGGAUCAAGCAGUGCACAACAGUCACCAUGGAGCAGCUUUUCACCGUGCACCAUGAGAUGGGCCACGUCCAGUAUUACCUGCAGUACAAGGACCUCCCUGUCUCCUUCCGUGGUGGGGCCAACCCUGGCUUCCAUGAGGCCAUCGGUGAUGUCCUGUCCCUGUCUGUCUCCACUCCCAGCCACCUGAAGAAAAUUGGUCUCCUCCACAGCAAUGCCACCGAGGACCAAGAGAGCAACAUCAACUAUCUGCUGAAGAUGGCCCUGGAGAAAAUUGCCUUCCUGCCCUUUGGCUACCUCAUUGACCAGUGGCGUUGGAACGUCUUCAGUGGGCACACCCCCCCCAGCCGCUACAACUACGACUGGUGGUACCUGAGAACCAAAUACCAGGGGAUCUGUCCUCCCAUCCCAAGGAAUGAAAGCAACUUUGACCCUGGAGCAAAGUACCACAUCCCUGGGAACACCCCUUACAUCAGAUACUUUGUGAGCUUCAUCCUCCAGUUCCAGUUUCACAAGGCUCUGUGUGAGGCAGCCAACCACACGGGUCCCCUGCACACCUGUGACAUCUACAGGUCCAGAGCAGCUGGAGACAAACUCAGGACUGUGUUGAAAGCUGGCUCUUCCCAGUCCUGGCAGGACAUCCUGUUCAACUUCACUGGCACCAGCAAGAUGGAUGCUGGGCCCCUCCUGGAAUAUUUCAACCCUGUCACCCAAUGGCUUCAGGAGCAGAACAACAAGACCAAGGAGGUGCUGGGCUGGCCUGAGUUUGAUUGGCGUCCUCCUGUUCCUGAAGGUUACCCUGAAGGCAUUGACAAAAUAGCAGAUGAAGCACAAGCUGAGGAGUUCUUGUCCGAGUACAACCGCACGGCAGAGGUGGUGUGGAACGCCUACACCGAGGCAUCCUGGGCCUACAACACCAACAUCACCGACCACAACAAGGAGAUCAUGCUGGAAAAGAACUUGGCCAUGUCCAAGCACACCCUUGAGUAUGGAAUGAGGGCCAGGCAGUUCGACCCCUCUGAAUUCCAGGACCAAAGUGUCACACGCAUCCUCAAGAAGCUGAGUGUCAUUGAGAGGGCAGCCCUGCCUGAGAAUGAGCUGAAGGAGUACAACACCCUCCUCUCAGACAUGGAGACCACGUACAGCAUAGCCAAGGUCUGCAGAGAUGACAAAACCUGUCACCCCCUGGAUCCUGACCUCACAGACAUCAUGGCCACCUCCAGGGACUAUGAGGAGCUCCUCUUUGCCUGGAAGGGCUGGCGAGAUGCUUCUGGGAAGAAGAUGAGGAAGAACUACAGGAGAUACGUGGAACUGAGCAACAAGGCAGCCAUGCUCAAUGGUUUCAUGGACAAUGGGCACUACUGGAGAUCCCUGUAUGAGACCCCCAGCUUUGAGGAAGAUCUGGAGAGGUUGUACCUCCAGCUGCAGCCCCUCUACCUCAACCUCCACGCCUACGUACGCCGAGCCCUGUACAAAAAAUAUGGGGCAGAGCACAUCAACCUGAAGGGUCCCAUCCCUGCUCACCUGCUUGGCAACAUGUGGGCCCAGUCCUGGUCCAAUAUUUUCGACCUGGUGAUGCCUUUCCCAGAUGCCACCAAGGUGGAUGCCACCCCAGCCAUGAAACAACAGGGCUGGACACCCAGGAGGAUGUUUGAGGAGUCAGAUCGUUUCUUUACCUCUCUGGGGCUCAUCCCCAUGCCCCAGGAGUUCUGGGAGAAAUCCAUGAUUGAGAAGCCAUCUGAUGGUCGGGAAGUUGUGUGUCAUGCCUCAGCCUGGGACUUCUACAACCGCAAGGACUUCAGGAUCAAGCAGUGCACCGUGGUGAACAUGGACGACCUAAUCACAGUGCACCACGAGAUGGGCCACGUCCAGUACUUCCUGCAGUACAUGGACCAACCCAUCUCCUUCCGUGAUGGAGCCAAUCCCGGCUUCCACGAGGCUAUCGGGGAUGUCAUGGCCUUGUCUGUCUCCACCCCAAAACACCUGCACAGCAUCCAUCUGCUGGAUGAAGUCAUGGACAACGAUGAAAGUGACAUUAAUUACCUGAUGAGCAUGGCCCUGGACAAAAUUGCUUUCCUGCCCUUCGGGUACCUGAUGGACCAGUGGCGCUGGAAGGUGUUUGAUGGAAGGAUCAAGGAGGAGGAGUACAACCAGCAGUGGUGGAAUCUCAGGAUGAAGUAUCAGGGCUUGUGCCCACCAGUGCCAAGGUCUGAAGAUGACUUUGACCCCGGGGCAAAAUUCCACAUCCCUGCCAAUGUCCCCUACAUCAGGUGA